UAAUUUGAUGAAAGCAGCCAAACGACCUGCCACAGUCAUACAAAAUACGCAAACUCACACAAAACAAACGCAACCCACUCGGGUAUAUACUGAAAAUGAAUUACAAUACGGACGCAUUGGCAGUCGAAACAAACGUGAACGAUACUCGUGGAAACGGCGCAACUUUCAGUUUUAAACCUGAGCAGAUAGCAUGCCUAUGCGACGCACUUCGUCAAUCAAACAACAUGGAUCAAUUGAGUCGAUUUCUGUGGUCCCUACCGCCUCAUGAUCUACUUAGUUGUGAUGAAAGUGUGCUUAAAGCUCGUGCUGCAGUAGCGUUUCACCAAGGAAACUACCGUGAACUUUACGCAAUACUCGAGAGUCACAAUUAUGAGGCUUCAUCGCAUGAAACUCUUCAGGAGCUUUGGUACAUGGCACACUACAGUGAAGCGGCGAAACAACGAGGUCGUGCUCUGGGUGCUGUCGAUAAAUACAGAAUACGGAAAAAACAUCCGCUGCCUCGUACCAUUUGGGAUGGCGAUCAGACGGUGUAUUGUUUUAAGGAAAAAUCCCGCGAUACUCUUCGGCAAUCCUACCAACAUAAUCGUUACCCAACACCACAAGAGAAACGGGAACUGGCAAAGGCAACAGGACUAAGUUUGACACAAGUCAGCAACUGGUUCAAGAAUCGCAGACAGCGAGAUCGAGGAAGUGAGAAUGGCAAACGUAAAGAGGACCUGAACAACAACGACCUGAGCGAUUUUGUUUCUGAACACCAGUUAUUGAAAAAAGAUGAAAAAGGCGACAUGGUGGGAAAACAAGCAUGUCAGACUCUUGUGGAAACCACGGCACUCAUAAGCGAAGGAUUUGUCGACGAAACGCUUUAUGCUGAAACGAUCACAGCCGAGGAGUUGGCACGAAAUUUAACAACAAUCAAAAAAGAGGUUGAACUAACGAGCGGCGAGGAGAGGUGAAGACAUUUGAAGUCCAUUUCGUCAAAUCUACGGUAAAAGAAACUACAUUGACUAUGAAUUUAUAUCCGCCCUUUUCAAUUAAAAAUCAAUGGGAAUAAAUUUAGUAAUUUACGUUAGGAUAAUUUUUGUGAGUAAUUACAUUAAUAUGAUAAUUUGGACUUGUUAAUACAUUCUAAAGUAAACAGAUUUAUCGUAAGCAUUUUUCUCAGAAAUUUAAAGAUAAAAGUGAUGUCAUUUUGCCAACGAGCCAUAGAACAUCGUCUCUAACCUGACAUUGCUCGUGUGUUGCCCUAAGCAUUCUUCAAUUAAGGAUCAGAAUGCUUAGGACAAGACGUCAAGUGUGCGACAAAUUCAUGUAGUAAAAUUUAUUAGUGGCAGGAGCUGAUAAUUACAACAUGCUCCUAUAUGGCCAAAUUCCCUAACCCACGUGAUUUGACGUACAUGAAGUAUAUUGUUGUGUUGUUGAAGACUGAGGUGCAGGCUCAGAUAAAAACUGAUAAAAAGUUGAAUCAGCAAUCAUAAAAGAAAAUUCAUUUUUAAAUCAAAACAUAACUAUAGCAUGCAAAUUUCACCUAUCUUAAUUGUCCUCUUCAAAUUUUCAAGUUUUGAUCCUUACGCAUGAACAUAAUUGUUGAAGAUCUUAUACAAUUGUGUAUAUCACUUAAACAAACACCUCCUAUGUCGAAUGUGGUUUUUGUUAGUGAAAAAUCGUACUUGGAAUAAUUAAACCAAUUAUUUUUGUAAUAUUUUUGAUACGUAAAACGAUUGCCUGUAUAUAGCAUUGAUGUAAAGAAAUUUUAGAAAUAUUAGUUGGACUUCAA